GAGAGGCGUCGGACCACCGGAGACCCCGCAGCACAAUGGAGGAACCAAGUGGCACACACACCAAGAGAAAAGUUGUGGCUGUAGUGGGCGGAGGUUUGGUGGGGUCGCUGAACGCCUGCUACUUUGCCCAAAGAGGGUUCAAUGUGGAGGUCUUUGAAACUCGAGAAGAUAUCCGUCAAGCUAAAAUCGUGAGGGGAAGAAGCAUCAACCUGGCGCUGUCUCACCGAGGCCGGCAGGCUCUGAAACAUGUCGGCAUGGAGGAGAAGAUUGUUUCUCAGGGAAUUCCCAUGCAUGCCAGAAUGAUUCACUCUCUGAGUGGGAAGCAGUCUCCAAUACCUUAUGGGAAGAAAGGCCAGUACAUCCUGUCGGUGGACCGAGCCAAUCUGAACAAAGAGCUGCUCACAGAGGCCGAGAAGUAUCCAAACGCAAAGCUGAACUUCGACCACAAGCUGCAGGACUGGAGUCCUGAAACGGGGCUGAUGACCUUUGCCAGGUCCGACGGGUCAACGGAGCAUAUCGAAGCCGACCUGAUCGUGGGCUGCGACGGCGCCUUCUCCGCCAUCCGGAAGCAGUUCCUGCGCCGCAGCCGCUUCAACUACAGCCAGACCUACAUCCCCCACGGCUACAUGGAGCUCACCAUGCCGCCCAUCGACGGGGAGUUCGCCAUGAAGCCUAACUACCUGCACAUCUGGCCCCGGAACACCUUCAUGAUGAUCGCCCUGCCCAACCUGGACAAGACGUUUACCUGCACCCUCUUCAUGCCCUUUGAAGAGUUUGAGAAGAUCACCAGCGGAGAUGAAGUCAUGGAGUUUUUCCAGAAGUACUUCCCGGACACCAUCCCCCUAAUAGGGCCCGACGCUCUCCGGAGAGAUUACUUCAGACUGCCCGCCCAGGCCAUGGUGUCUGUUAAAUGCUCCCCGUAUCACAUCGGCGACAAAUGUGUCCUCAUGGGCGACGCGGCCCACGCUGUGGUUCCUUUCUACGGGCAGGGGAUGAACGCGGGCUUCGAGGACUGCAUCGUAUUUGACGAAAUAUUGAACCAGUUCGACGAGGACUUGAGUGCUGCUCUGCCUGAAUAUACCCGAGUGCGAGUUCCAGACGACCACGCUAUUGCAGACCUGGCCAUGUACAACUACAUUGAAAUGCGAGCGCACGUCAACUCCAAAUGGUUCCUCUUUAGAAAGCACGUCGAUAACAUCCUCCACCUCCUCAUGCCAAAGACAAUAAUCCCCCUGUACACGAUGGUCACCUUCACGAGGACCAGAUAUCAUAAAGCCGUGGAGCGCUGGCACUGGCAAGACAAAGUGAUAAACCGCAGCCUGCUGCUGAGCGCCACCGGCGCCGUUUUGGGAGGCGCCUACCUGCUGGUUAGAAAUCCUCCAGAUAUCAACAGGCUGGUCGUCCCCGCCGAGAAGAUGUGGAGCAGGCUCCUGGCCCUCAGAAGUGUGUGAACUCGCCUGCAUCCGCCCGACAGGUGCUCAGACAGCAGGGAGGAAGCGCCCGCGUAAACAAAAGGGCGGGGAAGUGAUCCGGAUUCUAAUUGGAUUUUGAUUGAAUUAUAAAACUCAAAGUGAGACGCUCUGUCAAAAUCAAUGAACUGUAACAGCGUCAGUUUUAACUUAUGCCAGCGGUGUUGUUGGGAGAAAAUCAAUUAUCUCAAGGUGCAUAAUGAACACAAGAGCAAGGGUUAUCGUCACAGACAAGGUGUAAUAAUACACACGUGUGGGAUGUUUUGGUGUUUUAGCAAAAAAGUUGAAAAUAAAAGAUACCUCAACUCACCUCGGGUGCUGUCACGUUGUUUUUCCGAGGCUUUUCUGGAAGGCUAAUUCAUGCAAAAAGGCUGAAUAAAACUCCCUCUUUGAAGUGUCGGAGGCAUAAAAUACUGUAAUAAAUGGAUGACUGAGAAUUCACUGGAGAACACAGAAAUUACAACCUGCUCCAACCAAAGUAACAAACUCAAAUCAGAGCGACCAGAUGAUAAGAGAAACUCCCAAACUACAGCUUUAACCACAAUUAGCCCUGCAAAUGGCAUCCCAUAAGUCCUGGCACUAUCACAGCGCCGCCGCCAUCCCACUACAAUAUUAUCACUUUAAAUGAUAAAUUACCUCCACCCAUCGGGGUUCAGUGUCUUCACUGUGUCUUGCACAGAAAAAAAGAAAAAGAAAGCUGUGUGAAAUCCUGAAGUCAGUUUGUCUUUCUUUAAUUGUGUGCAGAGCAGGUUUGUCUUUAGCCUUUCUGUCUGGGAAACAGUUUGUGCAGUCCUUGACUCUCAUUUUAAAUAUAAUUAGUUUCUCCUCACUUGAUAAGGAGAAAUAGUUUUCUGCUCCCGGCAGCGUUAACAGUGCUUUUCAAAGUCGCAGGAUUCUUCUGUGUGUUAUAGAAAUUGUUGACAGCGCAGUGAACUCUUUCAGGUUUUUGUUGUACAACAAAAUGUUUUCUUGUCAGAGGUUUCUUAACAUGUUUAAUGAUUUUGAAAAAUCUAUUUUUGACAAUCAAUGAUGCAAAAGUAACUUCUGAAAUGGAAUAAUGGUGGAUA